AUGACAUCAGACAAGCGCCGCAUUUUCCCCGAUUACAUCCCCCCGCCACCGUAUCGUGAGAAGCACGGCCGGGUCGUCGAUGACGAGGAGGGCAACAUGUCAGCCUGGCCGCCGGGCGAACCGUCGCCCGCCUUUCCCUCCCCACCCUAUCCUGGUGGCCCGAACCUCUCAAAAGUACAGUACCCCCGCGACGUGAGCGGCCCGCGAUACCAGUGCCCCGAGUGCCACCACCAGUUUUUGUUCCACCGCCUGAUGGGCAUCGUGGUGUGCCCGUUUUGCCAGCAGACAGUCACCGUCGGAAAAUUUAAUAAAAAGCGCUCAACGAUGUACCUAAUCGUCGGGCUGCUCCUCCUCGUGGCCAGUGCAAUCGUGAUGACGGCGUAUUUUAUUUGGUUCCCCAAGGAGCCGUAUAUUCUCAUUUCGGUGCUCCUCAUCGCGGUCAGCGGGUUCGCCGGCUUGAUAAAAUCCGCCCAUCUGCGGAAUCAGUACCCGGAUGCGCUGCGGGUCGAA